AUGCCAGCAUUGUCCUCUCUGCCCGUGAAGCGCGCCAGUGUUUGUCUUCGCAUCCCCGGGCCUUGUCGGUUUGAGCUCAAGGUGCAGGCGCCGCCCGGGUCCAGCGAGCAGCGUGGGGACCCCCUGGAGGCGAGGUCGAGCGCGGCAGCCUCGUCGGCGCCUAGUUCUCAGCAGGUGCACCCAGAGCACGGGGCGCCCGCUGGCAUGGACAAGGCCAGUAAAAGCCCAGGUGGGGGGCAGGCUCCAGGGGCUCCAGGCUUCCUGGCCGGCUCCUUCUCUGCAGCUGACCCCCAUCAAGCCAUCCUACCUGCCAGCCACUACCAGCAUCCAGCUUCCAUGCCCUCAGCCCUGUUUACUCGUCACUUUGAAGCUGCAGAGGUGUUUUUCCGGAGGUUGUACCUCCGAACCUCGCCAAACCCCAUGUUUGAGGGCAACAUCCUGACUCUGCAGUGCCAAGGAUGGAGGAAGGUAGCUCUGUCCCUGGCCAAGUUCUACAAAGACGGGAAAUCACUCCAUGACCCAAAGGGCAAACGGUUUCUGCCCAUGGGGACAGCAACACUGGAAAGCAACGGCCAGUACAGCUGCACUGGGAAAGCAACCUUCCUCCCGCACCUAGGCACACAAAGGUCAGAUAUGACCACGUUUCAAGUCCAAGAGCUGUUCCCACCUCCAGUGCUGCACGCCGUCCCUUGUCCCGAGCUCCGUGAGAGGAGCCCGCCGACCCUGAGAUGCCAAACGGAGCUGCACCCCUAGAGGUCGGCCUCGAGUCUCCUCUUCUCCUUCCACAAAGAUGGCUGCACCUCACAGAACCAGGCCCACUCAGAGCUCUGCCUCCCAGAAACCUGGGAGGGAGCCUCUGGGCUUUACUGGUAUCAGGCCACCACGGAGGAACAGGUCCAGAAACAGAGCCCCCAGCUGGAGGUGAGGGUACAAGCUCCUGUGUCCCAGCCUAUGCUCACCCUGAGACCCAGGUCCACAGACCUUGCUGUGGGGGACGCAGUGGAGCUCCUCUGUGAGACCCAGAAUGGCUCCCCUCUGAUCCUGUACUCAUACCUGAACGGGAAGAUCCUGGGGAACCAGGGGGCUCCCCAUGGAAGAGCCGCCACCUUCCCCUUCACUGUGGCGUCAGAGCAGGAUGCUGGGGACUACUCUUGCCAGGCCACGAACGAUGUCUGCAAGGAGACAAGUGAGCCCAGGACGCUCUCCCUAGAUGCCUCCUUUGGGCCACACAGUCCCCCCGAUGCCAGCCAUUCUGCCUCCUCCAUGCCCGUCUGGGAUGCAUUUCUGAAUUCCAUCCUCAGUGCUCGUGGUCACCCCACCUCACCCCUGGGUCCUCGGGGCUUGUCUGCCAUCACCAGCAGCCCCUGGCUGGUUCCUUGUCUAUCUGCGAGCCUGCCUGGUGUGCUGGUCGUUGCCACUGCACUUGUGGCUUACUUCAGACCCUGGGGAAAAACCGGGAAGUCCGGGGCCUGGGUUGAGGUAGCUGACUACCGUCGACAUUACCGAUCUACCACCACCACAAUUAUCCCUGUCAUCUCUGUCCCCACCACAAACACCACUGUGACCACCAUAAUGACGGUCUUCAACAUCGUCUCCCCCACACCACCCCUGCUGCCACCCUAA